UGGGGGUUUUUUUCGUUUUGUUUUUUUUUUACUUUUGUCACACAUAUUCCUGCAUUCCAGUGUCAAAAAAUGGAGAGAUUUUUUUUUUUAAAGUUACAAUUUAAGUUACGGAGAGACAGUAUUUUAUCAAACAUUUAAAUCUUUUAGUAAAGCACAAGUAUUUCUUGAUUAGCCUAUGGUGGAAGUAAAAGUACAGUUGUUGAAACUUUUUAAUGUGUAUUGUAUAAAAAUAUUGCCUUCUCGGGUCACAAUAAGUGCCGGAAUUUGAUAUCAGUUUGACUUUGGUUUUAACGUGCUAUUAAUAACAUCCGAUAUUCAUCGGACGAUUCGAUUUCAUAAAAGGUAGUCAGUACGGUAGUGGUUUACGAUGACAUUUUCCCACUGAUGCGAUUCGGUAUCAUGUAAGAAAAUAUCAUCCUUUUCUAGUAGUAACAUUGCUAAUAGUUUAACCUUUUUCUAUAUUACAUCAUACCAUUGAAAAGUUUUUGCAGUAAGGCUGAAGCUGUAACCUGAUUACCCCUUGAUCGACUUUCAUGUAAAUCAGUCCUCUCGUGAUACAGGCAUUAGAAGGGCAGAACCGUAGGCCUACUGAAUCCAAUAAUAUAGAUGUCAUUGAUCAGUCAGUAAAGACCAGCAUCAAAGAGGAGAGGGAGCUGCAGUCUGAACUGAGUCGCCAUGGCGGUGAACUCGGUAGAUGGACGCGGAGUACAGGUAGAUGUGCGGGAACUCUUCAACUUACUGGAGUCCAAUCAACUGAAAACUGUGGAUGAAAUUACUGAAGAAAUUCAGCAGCAUCUCAGUGCUGUGAAGGAGUCAUGGCUGAUAAACAGUUUAGUGGACUACUACUACAUUGCUCAGACUGAGCGAGUCAUUGAUAUACUCAUGUCUGUCCGGGAACCUCACGACAAGCACCUGGUAGAAAAGUUAGCUGAUGGGAUAAAAAGCGAAAAGCACCAACUUCUGGCUAUGAAACUUCUCCUGCAUGUAGUGUGCAAACAGCCCAUGUGGGUCCAUAAGUUAAUUAAACCACCAAUAUUUCCAGCGCUCAUCAGAUGUCUCAAGACCGACACAGACAUUCCCUUGUUGAUGACCGGAGUGAUGGUCAUUACAGUCCUACUGCCCGCUAUUCCGUCACUGGUCGGCAAACACCUUCCGGACAUAUUCGACAUUUUUGGUCAUCUCAUUAACUUCAAUGUGAAGAAGCCAAGUUCUCCGAGAGAGGGUAGUGUUCCAGAUGUAUUCCUACUCCAUUUACAAGUGGCGCUUUAUGGACUUUUCCACCGCCUCUACGGCAUGUUCCCAUACACCUUUCUGACAUUCUUAAGACACCACUACAGCAAAAAAGAAAACACUGCUGCUUAUGAAGAAUCGAUUAAACCCAUGCUUGAGAGGGUACGGCUUCAUCCACAUCUCAUCAGUGGAACCAGAGAAAACGAAAUGGACGCAAAGCGGUGGAAAUCGCUCGAGGAUCACGAUGUGAUAGUCCAAUGUGCCAAGAUGUCACUGGAUCAGAUAGAAGGAACAUGGGAAGAGAUUUCAUGUCCUGUCGCAUCCUUCUCCCACAAACCAAUACUGCCCACUGCUGGCAAAACUCAGAGAAAAACCCCCACAGGUGAUUGGAAAAAACUGAAAACAUCUGUGUCAUCACCACCACAGCUUAGCCCUACCGUGACCACACAGGACCUGAGCCCCUUUUGGAGCCCCUCACUGUCUGUCGGUCUGUCCACUCCUCCACCUUCCCAACAGACGACCCCUGCCAGCAGUGCUCUAGAGAACAGUCUGGCUAGCUUACACCAAGCUCAACAAGGAACUAGUGGCAAUACCUCUACAACUGACACUCCCAGAGGCACGCCCCCUAUCUCAACAGAGGAGGAGAAGGGUAGAGGAAGAUUGAAAGGACAAAGAGAAAUAAAGAAGUUAAGUUUAUCGAAUAAAUCCCUUCCGGGGUUAGUGGAAAGUAAAUCUGGCUCUUCCAGCGUCCCUCCAUCUCCCCUGAGGGCUGAAUUCACCACUGAACCACCUAGAGGAAUAUUUAAGUCCCUCCCAGUAAUGCAAGCAGCCAGAGAGCUUCAGUUUGAUGUGGGAUCCGCCAGAAGAAGCCUGGGUACUCCGGAAUUGCUGGCGGAGAACCUACAGGACAGCUCAUUUUCUGGAGACGGAUCAUUUAGGGAUGUAGAGGCGGAAAGAUCCGAUCUCAUGGAGUCGUAUUCUAGAGAUGCCAUAAUGAAAACACAAACUACAGAAGAAGACACAGAUGACCAGGAAGUCUCUGACUUGACCAAGAAUCCGGUUCCUCCCAUGUUCCAGACAGCUGAGUCUGUUGCUAAGUUCAUGCGGAGUGUCAACCGGAUUAGAUUCAACAGUAUGACAAACGAAGUGGAGACCAUUCUGGCCCAGGAAAAGUAUAGCUGUAGGAGGAAUUCGAGGUCGUGUCCGAACCUACAUAAGAUGCCAGUCCCUGAGGAGGAGGUCGAGGACCCUUUGUCUAGGUCAGUCUCAACGACAUUCAAAACUUCUUCUGGUACGCCAAAGGUCAACGAGAUGAAGGAAAAUGCAGAAAUGAUGACUUCCACACCCAAAACAAAUAUGUCAAAAACUUCAAACGUGACAAUCAACAUGGCUUCCCAUGUGGUCAACAACAUUACGUACCACAGAAUGGACUCCUCUAGAAGUGAGAAGGAGAGUGAUUUUAUGACAGUACUGAAGUCUGUUUUGGUUCCCACUAAAGUGGCCGUGUGCCAGCGAUGCAGCGCACAGUGUUUCACCUCUCCAAAUAAAUCAGAUCAGGACCUCCCAGUCCCUGUAUUUGAGACCUAUUCUCCCCCAGAGCUGCUAGACAAACACUUACACUUGGGGGGAGAUAUCCACGCCAAGCAGCUCAGCAGGAUCCCCCUCACCAACCAGGACUCCAUCAGCUGGACACAUUUUGGAGGCAUGCCGCCUGCUGAUGAAAUCAACAUUCUUCGUGGACAAAUUUUCAUGAUGAAGAACCAGAUUCUUUAUGAACGGAACAAAAGAGAACUCCACGCCAAGCGGAAUAGACGUCUGCUUCGAAAGAUCACCACAGCUAAUGCUCUGGAGGAACAAACGAAAGCGCAGACUGAGCAGAUUCAAAUUCUGGAAACUGAGAUUCAGAACUUGAGGCUGUCCAUGAAACUUCUCCAGGAAGAAAACCGGAGGCUGAAACAAACCAGUGAAAGUAACGAGUAUGAGACUCAGGUUAAACUCAGAGCAUGCUUAAGUGAACUAGAUGACCUUCGAUCAGCCAAAACAGAGAUGAACACUUUAUUGAUAAGACAACGGGAGGACCAGGAUGCACUGAAAGCUAAGCUACAAAACACCGAGGCCAAGUUGUUCCAAGAGCAGAGAAUGAACCAGCACCUGAAAGAACAAGUACAGAUGACACAGAGACUAAAGGAGCAGGUCCUUCAGCUACACAAGGAAUUGCUAUUAAUGGGAGAGCUCCAGGGGAAAUAUGAGACCAAGCUCAAUAUCAUCAGAAACAGCCACCAUGCCAAACCAGAGCAAGACAACAUGAUCACCACACUGAGGGCGGAAAACAAAGCUUUGAAGGAGAAGAUGAAGAUCAACACACUGAACUGGGAUGGUGUUGGGAAGAAGAUACAAGAAUUAGAGGGAAACUUGCAAAACAAGCAACUAUCCAUUGAAGAGCUAAAGAGACAACUUCAUCUUGCAAAAAUUUGUCAUGAGGAUGAAAUAAAGGCCGUGGAGGACAAAUACAACAGCAUUUGCAGCAUUAACCAGAGACUGGAAGGACACAUUAUGUCGCUAUACGGACAGAUUGAUCAAAUGGAACGACCCAAGCAGGCCAAAAGUGGACAGCCUGAUCAAAUGGAACAACCAAACCAGGCCAAAAUUUCCAAACCACAACCUUCACCUGACUCAGCAGACGGCACACCACGGGAGAGAACAGGAUCAGUUCCUACUUCACCCCCCAGAGUCAAACCCGCCCUGACCAAGAUGAGCAGUGUUCCGUUAGGGUGUGGACUGGCUGGUACCCCACCCCCAGUUGCGAGGGCUGGGCAUGAGGCAUCUCAGUCAGACACAGGAAAAACAAAGUCGGACAUCACUAAACUACAGCCAGUCAGACGAACCGUGACCGAGGGGUCAGAAGACACGGCUUCAAUAUCGUCCAAUGAGUCAGGAGGUUCUCUGAUAGCGAGGCGCGGAAACACGCUGAAUAGCGAUGGGGAGGAAAAGUCCCAGUCAUCGAAGGACAGUGGAUACAAUAAAUAAACACACAGGGACGUUAAAACUCUUUUAAAAAUCAUGUUGUGUCAAAUUUUGCCUUGCUCUCUAAGUGGUUUUCAUUCCAGGAUAUAGUUCUUAUGUCUGGAGCUCGUAGAUUUAUUUCCAUGUAUUACAAAGAAUGCAGAAAGUCUGGCGUAGAUCCACCUGCAUUUACAUUAGUGAUACUGGCCAGAUUGCUUCUCCGUUCACUUUCAUCGCCUUUCCCAGAGAUGUUUGCUACAAUCAUUGCUUUCAUUGCCCUUUUCAGAGAUUGUGUGCAGCAAGCAUCGCCUUUCAUUACAAGAUCAGAGUUUGGAUUUUUUAAAUUUGACAGAAAACUUCAUUUCUUUUGGAGGACUGUGAUGUAAAUGUUGUCAUCUUUUCAGUGGUAAAACCACAUCUCCAUGGUGCAUGUAUCAGAGAAAAUGGUCUCUUUAUUUAAAACUCAAGCAAUGUAGUGUUUAAUAAUGAUUGGAGAAACAAAGUCCUAGCUGGGACUUAAAAGUCUAGUCAGUGAGGCCAUUUGUAUUAUACAGUAUUUCAAAUGUAUUUGUUAUAAAAAUUCAAUGGAAGAA